AUGCGCGUGAUUGAAGCCCUGGGGGCCUUGGUCAUGCUGCUGCUGCUGGUGCGCGCAGCCAGCCCGGACCCCAAAGCAACGGCAGCCGCGUUCCCCGAGCGCUGCACCAAGCUCGAGGGCUGCGGCCGUGUGGCGGAGCGGCACCCUCACCGCGCGGGCCCAGAGGUGCCGCUCAAGCUGCGCACGACGCUCGAGGGCGCCCGCGGGGCGGCCGCGGCCUGGGUGCGGGCGCUGCCGCGGGCGGAGGUGCUGUACGACGCGGCGGACGGCGGCGCGGACGGCGGCGGCAGGGCGCUGCUGGUGCACGCGCGCGUCCUGACCUUCUUCUGGGGCUUUGCUGACGACUUUUGGGUGCGACUGUCGUGUGCGGGCGAUGGGGCCGCACUGGUGGAGGCCCAGGGUCAGCUGCGGCUGGGUGUGGGGGACCUGGGUGUCAACCCUGCGCGCAACCAGGCGCUGCUGGGGGCGUUGCGAGCAGAGGCACGCGUGGGCGCGCUGCCCCCCGGCGAGUGCAAGGGCUGA